CGCGCUCGCCUCGGAACUUGCUGACUGAGCGGCCGGGAGGAGCCGAGCCGGGCGGCGGCGGCGGCGGCGGCGGCGGGAGGCCACAGCGCGCGGGGGUCUCCCGCGUCCCCUCCGCCUCGCCGGGAGCUCGCGCCCUCGCCCAGCCGAGCUCCCCCCACCCCCUUUUUUCCGAAGGCGCUGGGCGGCGCCACCCUCCGGCCGGAGCCCGGCACUGCACAGCCCCCUUCGACUUUCAAUGUUCCACACUCCCCGGCCAGAGCCUCCUCGGCUUCUUUUUUUCCCUCCCCCCCCUUUCCCCCCCCCAGCUGACUCCAUUUCCUUAAGGAAGGGUUUUUUUCUUUCUCCCUCCCCCACACCGUAGCGGCGCGGAGCGGGCCGGGCGGGCGGCCGAGGGUGGCAGCUUGGUCUUGGCCGGAUGAAUCUUCGCUGCUGGUCGUGCAAACGGCUAGAGCAGCUGUUUUCCAAGAGAGAACUUCACCAAGAUGUCCAGUGAUAGGCAAAGGUCCGAUGAUGAGAGCCCCAGCACUAGCAGUGGCAGUUCAGAUGCGGACCAGCGAGACCCAGCCGCUCCAGAGCCCGAAGAACCAGAAGAAAGAAAACCUUCUGCCACCCAACAGAAGAAAAACACCAAACUCUCUAGCAAAACCACUGCUAAGUUAUCCACUAGUGCUAAAAGAAUUCAGAAGGAGCUAGCUGAAAUAACCCUUGAUCCUCCUCCUAACUGCAGUGCUGGGCCUAAAGGAGAUAACAUUUAUGAAUGGAGAUCGACUAUACUUGGUCCACCAGGUUCUGUAUAUGAAGGUGGUGUGUUUUUUCUGGAUAUCACAUUUUCGUCAGAUUAUCCAUUUAAACCACCAAAGGUUACUUUCCGUACCAGAAUCUAUCACUGCAACAUCAACAGUCAGGGAGUCAUCUGUCUGGACAUUCUUAAAGACAACUGGAGUCCCGCUUUGACUAUUUCAAAGGUUUUGCUGUCUAUUUGUUCCCUUUUGACAGACUGCAACCCUGCGGAUCCUUUGGUUGGAAGCAUAGCCACUCAGUAUUUGACCAACAGAGCAGAACAUGACAGGAUAGCCAGACAGUGGACCAAGAGAUACGCAACAUAAUUCACAUAAUUUGUAUGCAGUGUGAAGGAGCAGAAGGCAUCUUCUCACUGUGCUGCAAAUCUUUAUAGCCUUUACAAUACGGACUUCUGUGUAUAUGUUAUACUGAUUCUACUCUCUGCUUUUAUCCUUUGGAGACUGGGAGACUCCCCAAAAAGGUAAAUGCUAUCAAGAGUAGAACUUUGUAGCUGUAGAUUAGUUAUGUUUAAAACGCCUACUUGCAAGUCUUGCUUCUUUGGGAUAUCAAAAUGUAUUUUGUGAUGUACUAAGGAUACUGGUCCUGAAGUCUACCAAAUAUUAUAGUGCAUUUUAGCCUAAUUCAUUAUCUGUAUGAAGUUAUAAAAGUAGCUGUAGAUGACUAGGAAUUAUGUCAUUUGUAUUAAACCCAGAUCUAUUUCUGAGUAUGUGGUUCAUGCUGUUGUGAAAAAUGUUUUACCUUUUACCUUUGUCAGUUUGUAAUGAGAGGAUUUCCUUUUACCCUUUGUAGCUCAGAGAGCACCUGAUGUAUCAUCUCAAACACAAUAAACAUGCUCCUGAAGGCAUA